AUGAAGACAAUUAUGUUGCUCGUUAUUUUUGCAUUCGUGUUCGUCAUAUCAACGUCUAAUGCAAAACGUUUAUUUUACAAUAAUGACAACGAUAUGGAAUUGACAGAUAAGCGAGCUCGAAUGUUUCUUCGUUCAAUGACCAAUAAUGAUGAUGACAGUAAUGAUGAUACAGCAUCGCUUGAUACUCGCGAAUUCGGAAAGAAUUGUGUUGCCUGCAAAUUUGGUAUCAAUCCUUGUUGUGCACCAAACAUUUGUAUUAAGAAACGAUUCCGUCCAGAUGAAUGUAUGGAAAUCAAAACUGGCAAAUAA